AUGGCUGCCAGGACGCGAUCGGCAUUCCAUUAUCAGAUAACGAUGCGACAGAGACGCGGGCUCGCUAUAGGCAUCCUCCUCGUGUUACACAUGAGUGGAACUCUUAGCGAACAAACGUCCAAUGAAAGCGGAGGCGGAGGAGGUGGCCCUAGUCCUGAUUCAAAUAAUGCAGCAGAACCAUCUAGCGAUCAAUUGGCCAUGGAAUCAGGAGAGAGAGAAACACCAAGUCAUGCAUAUAACGGACCUCCACCACCGGUUCCACCUCCCCAUAACAGACGUCAGAAUCCACCUCAUCACCAGCCACACCACUCGAUAGGUAUGCCAAGGAUUCCGAAUCAUCAUCAAAUUCAUUCAAAACCAUUCGCGCUUGGUCCUCCAAUAAAUCACCACAAAAAUGAUAUUGGCCCCGGUUUUCGAGGUCCCCCACCUCCACCUGCACCUCCUGCCGAUGCUCAAACUUCAGCCAGUGACAAAGUAUUUAGUACAACAGGAGAUGUUUGGCCUGCACCAGCUCCUGAUAUGCCAAAAAUUUUAUCACUUGACGUCAAAUGUGAAAAGAAUGCGAUGAGAGUGUUUCUUAGUUUCGACAAACCAUUCUUUGGUAUAGUUUUCUCAAAGGGGCAUUAUUCAAAUCACCAGUGUGUUCAUCUUCCACCUAAUCUAGGCAGAACAUCAGCUUCGUUUGAAAUUGGUGCACAUGCUUGUGGUACAGCUGGCAGUGGAGAUCCUAGAUACCGUGGCGAUGUAGCCGCAGCCGGAACAUAUUUCGAAAACGUUAUAGUAAUACAAUAUGACCCACAAGUACAAGAAGUAUGGGAUCAAGCACGCAAACUACGGUGUACAUGGCACGAUCAAUAUGAAAAGGCAGUUACAUUCCGUCCAUUCCCAGUAGAUAUGUUAGACGUAGUUCGUGCUGACUUUGCCGGUGAUAAUGUUGGCUGCUGGAUGCAGAUUCAGGUUGGGAAGGGUCCUUGGGCUUCGGAAGUAUCAGGCCUCGUUAAGAUUGGACAAACAAUGACAAUGGUAUUGGCAAUUAAAGACGAUGAUGCGAAGUUCGAUAUGUUAGUUCGUGAUUGUGUCGCCCACGAUGGUCAACGCGCUCCUAUACAAUUAGUCGAUAGGCGAGGCUGUGUAACCAGACCAAAGCUUAUGUCAAGAUUUACAAAAAUAAAGAACUUUGGGGCAAGCGCAUCAGUCUUAUCAUACGCACAUUUCCAAGCGUUCAAAUUCCCAGAUUCAAUGGAAGUUCACUUCCAAUGUACGAUACAGAUUUGUAGAUACCAUUGCCCCGAGCAAUGUUCCGAUGGUGGUCAAAAUGUAAUUGCACCUCACGCUGAAUACGGACCUCCACAAAUUGACUCCUAUCCAGUUAGCGUGGAAAUAAGAAGGGAUGAACGAAGAGUUAGAAGGCAACGUAGAGCUUCAUCCCCUGAAAAAGAAGUUGGUGUAAAUAGAGUUAUUCGUGUUGUGUCUGCUGGAGACUUAAAUUUAGAUCCAUCAGAAGAUAACACAGCUCCAAAAGUUGUACCGACGCCAGGUCUUGUUUGUAUGACAACACCAGGUUUUGCUGUAACGCUCGGUACUCUUCUUGCCACAUUAAUUUGUUCUAGCGCCAUGUCAGCCGUAUUAUUUUUCAAACUGCGGCCUAUUUCUAAGCUGAAGAAGAAAACCGCAGCGAUUGGUACUAUACCACGGCCGCACCCGACGACAGGACCACAUGUUAUUUCUAAAAGUCGAUUUUACUCGUAACGUGUAAUGCUUUUAUAAUUUAAAUUUGUAAAUAGUAGCGUAAUGAGACUGAAGUAUGACCAUGCCAAUACAUUGUUAGAUGUGCUCAAAUAAUUUAGUUCAAAAUUCUGUAGAUUUAUUAUUAUUAAAUUAAAAACAGUGAUUUACUUUAUUAUUAUUAUUAAAUCAUGCCAUCUAGAGGCUUCAGUUGAGUUGUAUUCCUGGUCAAGAAUACAAUAUGUUCUAAUAAAUUACUAACUUUCAUAAUAAGCCCAAAUGUAGUAUUAAAACUUGAAGUACAAUCUUCUGUUACCUCUUCUCGAACUGUGUUUGAUACAGGGGCAACGGAAAAUCAAAUACGUGGUAUAGCAUCACUUAGGUAAACCGUUAGCUGUAAUUAUUUAAAUUAACUUGUCAUUAGUAUUAAUAUUAUUUAUUUUUAUUUAAGAUUUGUAAUAGUCAUUACCUAUUUACUAGCUAU